CUACGAAGCAAUAGAGAUCAAAAGGAGAAAAAAUCAACACCUCCUGACCUUCUUGACCUGACCUGACCUGCCUACCCCAGCAACCUUAUUCUUAACGUGUCAACCUUACCUGCCUGAAGUUAACCAAUCAGACGCCACACCUGCGUUCACCUCUCAGGCCACAGACAAAGCGAGGAGAGUCUGGGCCAUCACUACCGAAGCCUCUGGAGUACUUGGUCACAGCCUUUCAACAACAACAAGAGCAAGAGGUCUUCAUCAUGGAUACUAAUAUGAAAGCCGCCCAGCUCAUCCCAUUCUCGGAUUACCAGUGGAGCCGCGAUAAGGUUCUGACCCUCAUCAGCAGUGUGGAGGAGUUCUUUGACGACUUCUACGAUAAAUCCCUGAAGAAGAAAUACAUCUGGAACAACGUGGCCAAUCACAUGAGCGAGAAGGGCUACACCUGCACCGGCCUCGCCUGCGACAAGAAGUGGAGGGACCUCAAGAACAGCUACGGCCAUGCCCUUCAGCAACAGCGCGAGGGAAACACCAGUUCAGAGUUUGAGUACUUUGAGGCGCUGCACCACAUCCUCGGCCAAGAGAUUGAACCCGACACGAGUGAACAGAGAAUAACGCUGGAGGAGGAGCCGGACUUCACAGAGGCUGAAGAGUUCAAGGACCUCACAAAUGAUGAUGGGUUCCACUGGGAUGGCAUUGAGGUGAAUCUGCUCCUGGAUUGCAUCACGGAGUUCCAGGACGCCUUCGCCACGCCCGACACUGACCUGAACACUGUGUGGGAGGACAUUGCCGGGCAGAUGAGUCACGUCGGGGAGGAGGUGACCAGCGAGCAGUGUCAGCGCAAGUGGCUCAGCCUGGAGGAGGGCUUCAGGGUGCACCAGGCCCAGGCGGAGGCCACGGGGGUUGUGCCGCUGUGGGCCCACUACACCCGCAUCGGAGAGGUGGCCGAGGCCGUCAGUGUGCGAACCACAUUCCAAAUAGAAAAGACAAUCCGCGUUAAAUCCCAGCUGGAGCUCUGCAGCAAGAACAGUCAGAGGGACGCCAGCUCCGCCAAGACAUCACGCAAGAGCAGCCAGCGGAACAGCAGCCCCUCCAAGGCAGCCAGGCCCAGGGUAGGCAGGGAACAAGGUGUGCUGGCACGUGUCAAGCACAUCGAGUCGUCCCUGAGUGUGCGGCAGCGGCUGGAGAGGCUGGAGGCACGCGUGGAGGCCUCGCGGCAGCAGCGAGAGACCACGCGAAGGACCAACGCCCUGCUGGCACAGGUCCUGGCUGAGCUGCGCAGGAUCAACGGGGCCCUGAAGCAGGACAGCUCCAUGGGCAAGGUGCAGGUCAUGCAGGGCCAGUCCUCAGACCCUGGCUCCUGCAGCCCCAAGAACCAGGAGUUCAUCAUCGUGGAGGCCUACACAGACCCGCUAUGAGACAAAGCUGCCUGCCCCCACAAGCCCAAGGUACAGUUAACCUAGAUAGUUACCCAUCUCAUGAAGUGAUAUGAAAAUGACAUGAAACAUGUGCCAUUCACAACAAGCAGCAGCCUGCAAAUUAUCAGGUGUCUGAUAAUUUUUUGGCCAACUGCUUUAUUUCUUGCCAUGAGUGCGUGUGUUGUUAUGAGGGUGGUUGUAAGCAGUGUGUGAGGCCUUUUAUUUCUUUGCUGCAAUGAAUCCUGGUGUGAGGCGCAGCCAGCUGUGUGUUCCUCACCAUCCUCAGUAUUACAAAACCCAUCAUGACCCAAAAAGAAAAUUACAUUAAUUUUUACUUAUCAAGUAAGAAUCUUUGUACAUAAAACAAGUUUAUGAGAACAACUUUGAUCACAUAGAAAUGUGCUAAAUAUCAAGCAUUUUUGGUUACUUUUACAUUAUGGUGUGAUGAUGAAACUUACCAUAUUCUGCAACUCCUUGGUGCAUCUCAGAUGGCUUAUGUUAAGCUUAUUACUGUAUUUGAAUGCUCAACUUUUGUGCUCCUUUUUACUUGUGUUAGAUUUAUAAGUAGCAUUUAAGAGGUCAUGAAGUUUUGUUUUUGCUCUGCUCAUAGCUGUGUGCUAUUCAAAGGUCAUAAUGAUGUUGAUGAAGGAAAAAGAUCACAAGGAGGAGGAGGAGGAGGAGGAGGAGGAGGAGGAGGCCAAGAGGGAACAGAAAGCUUGGACACUGUGAGGACGCCCAAAAGUGAAUCAUCUUUAAAGAAUGCUGAAAUGAUGUGCUGAAUCCUAUUACGUGAAACCAAAUCAUGUUCUGUUCCGACUAGUGCAGUGUGCGUCAGUACAAAUUAGAACUAUAUAUGUACAGUAUUGUAAAGGUUUAAUGUAAUGUCUUGCUGCUGUGUUGACUAAAUGUGUGUAUGUAUAUCAUUACCAUUAAGAAACCUAGACAUUAACCCAGUAGCAGCGGGGAUCAUGUUUCUUAAUGGUCCCCCCAUGCGAAAAAAAUGAGAAAAAAUCACCCCUCACACAAAACAUUUCAUAAUAUAUAUCAAAGCAUUUGUGAUCAGUUUAUGUAUCAUCUAUUUUGGGGGGUUUAAAUCAUGGCACAAAUUUGGCCCAUCGCUGCUACAUGGUAAAGCCACAAAUUUGGCCCGUCACUGCUACCGGGUUAAUGUAAUGUCUCGCUGCUGUGUUGACUAAAUGUGUGUAUGUAUAUCAUUAACAUUAAGAAAC